GAAUAUUCCAGGCCAUACACUACCCCACUGUUUGGUUCCAUUGCUGCUGUAAGAGCCUCUUUCAGUUGAGUUACAAAUACGCAAUGAGAACUGGCCAAUCAGAGCGGUGAAUAAUUGGGCUUGGCAGAGCGGGGAGAUCACAGCAUUUGUCAGCCUACGUCAUCGUCAAAAAGUUCACCACCACAGUUAUUUUAUUUAUAUCCCAUCGUUCCAAUAUAUCCGUCGGUUGGACACUUACAGCAUACCUUAGUCCUGUAGUUAUAAUGACAACCGGCGUGUUCAAAUACAUCGACCCGGCCUCGUACGACCCCCACGCCACAGAGCCGUUCAAGAAGCCCUGGGGCAAGGUCGAUGGACCGGGUACAUCCUACACCCUGAUCGACAAGACGCGCUCGGUCGAGAACAUCCGGGGACGCGAGAGCGAGUUCUCCACCGACAACAGCGGAUUCGCCGUCUACAACAGCCCAAGCAAGGAGAACAAUUUCACCGAUGCAUCCUGGGUGACGACAAACUACUACGGCCAAGUCGAGGAACUCCUACGCGAAAAGCUACCCGGCAUCAAGAAAGUAUUCCUCUUCGACCACACUAUUCGACGGCGCGAGAAAUCCUCUCCACGCGCUCCAGUCCAGCUAGUCCACGUCGACCAGACCCCCUGGGCCGCUGAACAACGAGUGCGACGACACUUGCCGCCAGAUGAAGUCGACGAGCUAUUAAAGAACCGCUACCAGAUCAUAAACGUCUGGCGACCAAUCGACAAUCCGGCAACAGACUUUCCCCUCGCCGUCAUCGACUGGCGCAGCAUGGCCGAAUCGGACUUCGUCAAAGUGGACCUGCUGUAUCCCAAAGACGCCAAACUAGGGGAAGCAGGGGAAGAGAAGCAACAGGCCCCCGACUCGUCCAGCUCAACAGAGGGGUACGAGGCCAAGGGCGAGGUCUACUCGAUUGCGCCAAAUGAGGGACACCGCUUCUACUACCAGAAAGAUAUGACGCCGGACGAGGCUAUGUUUAUUAAGUGUUUUGACUCGCGCAGCCAGACUAUGACUGGGACGACGGGAAUUGCACAUGGGGCUGGGCAUACGGCGUUCUUGGAUCCGCAGACGCCGGAGGAUGCGCCGCCGAGACAGAGUAUUGAAGUUAGAUGCUUGGUGUUUUAUGAGUAGACAUUGAAUGUCUACGGUGGAAGGGAAAUGAUUUCAUAGCGCUGAUAGCAUUUGCAAACUCGUAAAUUACAUGUUCAUGCAACCUCUCAACUACAAUGUAAAAUAUUGCUUCAUGCUCCUUCCUAUACUAAGCAGCAGCAGCUAUCAUGGAC